CUGCGCACGUUUUGUCUCUGGCAGAGAUGGCAAUAGUGCCUGAUAACUUUAAUAUACCAUUUUUCCGGGCUAUCCCGCGAGGCCUGGAACCAGAGUCAUGGGUGUUGCUGGAAGGUAUCAUUCCACCACAGGGCAAAAGGUUCUAUGUGGACUUUGCUUCCAGACAAGUCGAGGAGGGAAACAAGCCUCUGAGGCUCACCGUCAGCUUCGAGGGACCCCCGUCUUCCCCUGGCCGGGUGACCCUCAACAGCUUCGCGGACCAGCAGUGGGGGGAGGGUCUGACGGUGACGGCCCCUUUCCAGCGAGGCCAGGUGUUCAGGAUUCAAAUCAUCGUCACCCGGAUGGGCUACAAGAUCCUGGAGAAAGACAUUUCCCUUUGUGAGUUCCGCCACCGCCUCCCGGCAAACAGCAUCCGCUUCCUGGAGGUCAACGGGGAAGUCAAGCUCCAGAACGUGGCCGUAAGCUGGGAGGGCAACAGGGCGCCAAGGGGCCGCAUCCUGCCAGCAUUGGGCAUGGGCCGCUACACACGUUAG